GGCAGGAAAUUCUAUCUUUUCCCGGGCGGCAGGACAAACCGGAGCAAUAGAGUGUGGAAGCGUGAGGAGCUGGGUGAAAACCAAAAAGCGAGAGGGAGAAAGAGAGAGUUACAAGUGUGCGCGGCAACACCACCCCGCAACACCCCCCUCGCUCGCUCGCUCGGGGCAGAGGACGAGCAACAGCGCGCGCCGCCCUACAAAUAUUCGUCAUCGAAAAGCGAGCGAAAAAGCGAGAGCGAAAUCGUCGCGGCGAAAGAGAAAAAAGAGAGCGGUUCCCCCGGCAGUAGGCUGUGAAGUGUGUGUGCGCGGUUAAGCGGAAAUAAUUAGUUUCUAUCCGGGGAAAAUCCGGCAAAUCGUGAAAUCGACGAGGCGAGGGUGUGAUACGCACGAAUCCAGCGAUUCCUAUCCCCCCCAAACACACAGCGCCGCGUUUCUCAUCCCGUCUUCCGUGCGUGCGUGAGGUGUUCGCUGGGCAGGCGUACGGGAAAGCAGCAGCAUACAACGGCAUUGAGGAGAAGCCACGCGAGUUGCAGGCGCGAGACGGAGCUACACGGUGGCGAGAACGCGCACAGAUCUCGCUCGCUCGCCAAGUCCGUUGUCCGUUGGUAGUAGUCUGGCCAGCGACGGAGCGAUCCUCCAACACUCGGGUGUUGAUUUCCGUCAGCGGGAACGCGUUUUUACUUUAUCGGUUCAUUUUUUUUAAUAAUGAGUGAUUAUUCCAACCAGAACUCGCAAAAUUUUAGUCAAUCGUCAGCAUUUGCAGCCGCUUUGCAGAGAGCCAAACAAAUUGCCGCUAAGAUACACCCGGGUGGUCCCCAGCAGCAGCAGCAGCAGCCACACCAACCAGUGAAGAGACCGCACGACGACCACGACUCGGGCCCAGAAUUGAAAAAGUUCGGCGGACAGUCUGAUUACAAUAAUGCAAGCUCGCCGACUGGCAUGAGUCAGGCUGCGAUGCAAGCCGCUGCUCAAGCUGCAGCCGUCGCCGCACGUUUGUCGCAGAACAGCAACAACAACCACAGCAACCUUAACUCGUCGAACGCUCCCGGCGUUGGAGCACAGGACCCGAGCCAGCGGGUGCGCGAACUGAUCAGCAAGAUGGUAAACCACGGUCCGAUGGACAACGGCAAUCACCAGGGCCAGGGUGGUGGCGGUGGCGGCGGUGGCCGUGGCGGCGGAGGUGGUGGCGGUGGCGGCGCUGGGGGUGGGGGCGCGUUCGGCUCGUUCCAGGAGAUGAUGAUUCCGGGCUCGAAGGUGGGCCUUAUCAUUGGCAAGGGCGGCGAGACGAUCAAGCAGCUGCAGGAGAAGACGGGCGCCAAGAUGGUGAUCAUCCAGGAUGGGCCGGGCCAGGAGAUGGAGAAACCGCUGCGCAUUUCCGGCGACCCACAGAAGGUGGAACACGCGAAGCAGCUCGUGUACGAGCUGAUCCAGGAGAAGGACUCCUACCAGCAGCGCCAGAACAUGAACGGGGCCGAACAGGCGGAAGUGUUCGUGCCCAAGGCGGCCGUCGGGGUCGUGAUCGGGAAGGGGGGCGAGAUGAUCAAAAAGAUCCAGGGCGAGUCGGGCUGCAAGCUGCAGUUCAUCCAGGGUCGCGGCGAUGGGCCGGGCGAUCGGCGCUGCAUCGUGCUCGGCUCGAAGGCCCAGGUCGAGGAUGGCAAGCGCAUGAUCGAGGAACUGAUCGACAGUGUGCUACGCCGCGAGCAGGGUGGAGGCGGUGGUGGUGGCGGAGGCGGCGGCGGUGGUGGUGGUGGCGGCCGCGGUGGUGACGGAGGUGGUGGCGGUGGCCACGGCCGCGGUGGUCUCGGCGGUGGUGGUGGAAACCCCAAUCAGCAGGAUAACAACUACAACAACUACAGUGGUCCGCAGGUGACACGAUUGGAGUACACUUUUGCCGUACCAGUCUCAAAGUGUGGCAUCAUCAUCGGACGUGGCGGUGAUACGAUCAAGCAGAUCAACCAGCAGUCCGGGGCGCACACGGAGAUGGACCGGAAGGCGUCGCAGAACCAGACGACGGAGAAAACGUUCAUCUGCAAGGGCGAGCAGCACCAGGUGGACGAGGCGAAGCGCCUGAUCCAGGACAAGAUCAACAUGGAGAUCAACAUGGUGUACGUUGGGUCGACGUCGGUGCCGGCCAAUCAGUACCAGAACAAUGGUUCUGGGGGAGGCGGCGGCGGCGGUGGUGGCGGUGGCGGUGGCCAUAAUGCUUACCAGCAACAGCAGGGCGGAUGGGGCGGCUAUCAGUCGCAGGGCUGGGAUCAGCAGCAGUCCGCGCAGGCGAACGCAAGCAACGCGGCGGCCGUUGCGGCGGCCCAACAGCAGCAGCAGCAGGCCCAGCAGCAGCAGCCCCAACCGGACUACUCGCAGCAAUGGAUCGAGUAUUACAAGCACAUGGGAAUGCCCCGGGAGGCUGAGAUGAUUGAACAUCAGGUUAAAGUGCGCCAAGCUGCACAAGGAGCGCUACCAGCUAAUCAAAAUGUGCAAGGUCAAACAGUGAUGGCAGCGGGAGGAGCCGGAGCCCAGCAGCAGCAACAGCAGCAACAGCAGCAGCAAGGCCAGCAGGCGGACUACAGUGCGGAAUGGGCCGAGUACUACCGACGGAUCGGUAAAAUUGAGGAAGCCGAAGCUAUCGAAAAGCAGAUAGCGUCCACCAAGGCAAUGCAAGCGCAAGCCGUGGCGGCAGCUUUGGCAGCCGGUUCGGCGAACCAAGCUGGUCCAGGAGCGGCCGGUGGCCCGUAUGGUGGCGGCGGCGGCGGCGGUGGUGGCGGCGGUCCACAACAGGGACCACCCGGCGGUGGUGGCUACGGUGGUCAACAGUACCAGCAGUACUAUGGCGGCGGUGGUGGCGGUGGAGGCGGUGGAGGUGGCGGCGGCGGUCAGCCCGGUUUUGCGGGCUACCCUUACGGUGGCGGCUAUCCCGGACCGGGAGGUUCCCAGAACCAGUCGAAUGCUCCCAAUCAGGAUAAGAACUAGGAACGAAUCGAAUCCCUUUCUUCCACUGUUGUGCGCGCGAAACCCGACGACACACUCUUUCGCACGAGGCACAGACACACUCCUCCCGCAUAGAAUUACAUACACUCCACCCCCACCCACCCACACAAGGACGACAGCCUAGCGACCACGACCUACGACGACACGAAGCGAGUUCUCGAAACAGAGUUCUCGUUAGUUAAGCGUGGAUAACGGAAAAGAAGGAGAUAGAGAUGAGAGAAACAGUGAAUGUGUGUGGAAGAGGCGGUGCAUCGUUGUCAUGCCGCGUGUCCACCGUCCACCACAAUCGAUCGAUCGAUCACCCACCACCAAAAGCUCUGCAACCUGCGUAGGAGCAGAGGCAGCAGCAGCAGCAGUUUUCUCCUGGUUUUGUACAGCAGCUCUUAUAACCUAGCACUACUACCUACCCCAAUAUAUACGCACCGGUGUUGUGUGAGACGCGCGGAUGAGACAAGCAGAGCAGAGACACAUGGAACAGUGAAAAAAUGCAGAACACAAAAGCAACAACCGAGACCCGCAACAACCAGCAGAGAAUAGAUCGCAGUUUGAAGCAAAUAAUGAUUAAACCACACACAAUACACACACAGACACACCCCCAAACAUCCAUUUCAAUAAUAGUUCUGUAAGCGUUUACCACCUGUCCAUCGACACGGUAACACAUUUAGUAGCGUUUAGUAGCAAUUAUUAUAUACUUACUGGAUAAUGCAAAAAGAGCAAACUCAUUCAAACAAAUAAAUCAACAAAACUCUGCAACAGAAGCAAGAAGCAAAAAAGAACAAGUAGUACGGUGGGAGGACACGUCGUUUCUUUUAUCACAUCUUGCGCUCCAUCCUCGUGGAGGUUGUGCAGUGCGCCGUCCGUCCCGUCCUAGCACGCCAUCAGCAGGAGCAGCCAAGACUACCUUCCGCCAGCGGUACAGGCAGACGGACCCCAGGGCCUGUGGUAUGUGUGGGCUUUUGGUUACUACUUUUCAUAUAAGCUGAAGGGCGACCCUGAAGGACCUGUUUGUUAAAGUGCUCCCGAUCCUGCGGACCAAA